CCUUCAGCGCUGCAUUCCGCCGGAGCUCACAGGCACAAGCACACCGGCCGCAGACAGCGCAGUCCCGGGCCGAGACACUGAUAAACUAUAACGUGAAGACCGGAGGGAAAAAAAAAAAGUUUUUUUUUUUCCACUUUGUCUUGUUUGGUUUUUUUUAAACCCGGAGCUCCGCGUGUGGAAUGGUUCACGUUUCUUCUGAGAUCCGUCUGAGCUGUGAGAGAAGGUGGUUCAUGUCUUUCUAAGGUGCCAGCCUUCACACACCCAGACGUUCUAAGUCCUCACACUUCGUGCACCAUGGUGGUCAUGACGGAAACCAGCCGGGGGGCUCAGCCGAGCCCAGCCCAGGGAAGGCCACUGCAGGUCGGCUUCUACGAGAUCAUCCGCACCCUGGGGAAAGGAAACUUUGCAGUGGUGAAACUGGCCAAACACAAAGUCACCAAAACACAGGUGGCCAUAAAAAUAAUUGAUAAAACCAGGCUGAAUCCCUCCAACCUGGAGAAGAUCUACAGAGAGGUGCAGAUAAUGAAGCUGCUGAACCACCCCCAUAUCAUCAAACUUUACCAGGUCAUGGAGACCAAAGAUAUGCUGUACAUUGUGACGGAGUACGCAAAGAACGGAGAGAUGUUCGACCACCUGACCUCAAACGGCCGCAUGAGCGAAGAUGAAGCGCGGAAGAAGUUCUGGCAGAUCCUGACGGCGGUGGACUACUGCCACCGACACCACAUCGUUCACCGUGACCUAAAAACCGAGAACCUGCUGCUGGAUGCCAACAUGAACAUCAAGCUGGCUGACUUUGGAUUUGGAAACUUCUACAACGCGGGGGAGCCUCUGUCUACGUGGUGUGGCAGCCCGCCUUACGCCGCCCCGGAGGUGUUUGAAGGAAAAGAGUACGAGGGGCCUCAGCUCGACGUCUGGAGCCUCGGUGUGGUGCUUUAUGUUCUUGUGUGCGGCUCUCUUCCCUUCGACGGUCCCAGCCUUCCUGCACUCCGGCAAAGAGUCACCGAGGGACGCUUCCGAAUUCCUUUCUUCAUGUCCCAAGACUGUGAAAACCUCAUCCGUAAGAUGCUGGUGGUAGAUCCAGCUAAGAGGAUCACUGUGGCCCAGAUCAAGCAGCACCGCUGGAUGCUGGCGGACCCGACGGCCGCCCACCAGACCCUCAGCCACUCCCUCACCGAGUACAACUCCAACCUGGGAGACUACAGCGAGCCUGUGCUGGGAAUCAUGAACACGCUCGGCAUCGACCGCCAGAGGACGAUCGAGUCGUUGCAGAGCAGCAGCUACAAUCACUUCUCUGCCAUCUACUACCUGCUGCUGGAGAGAGUCAGGGAACAUCGUUCGCAGCAGCUGAGCCGCCAGUGUGGCACCUGGAGCCAGAGGCCCCGGAGCACCUCCGACUCCACCGGCCCAGAGGUAAUUAUGGAGUCCACUGACAGCUACAGAACUGCAACGUUUUCACUUCCAGCCAAAAACACUCCUCCUGUGUACUCGGAGGUCGAGUGUGACCAGGGCGGACUGUUCCAGCGUGUGGUCUUUCCAGUUGAGGCCAGCCUCAACAGAUUGCUGUGGAACCGCUCCAUUUCACCCAACAGCCUGCUGGAGACGAGCAUCAGCGAAGAAGUGCGACCAAGAGACCUGGAAGAGGAAGAGGCAACCCAAACUCUUGGCCCCCUGCUCCCUCCGACCACCACCUCCCGCAGACACACUCUGGCUGAGGUCUCCGCCCGCUUCCACCAGUGCAAUCCUCCCUGCAUCGUGGUCAGCCCCUCGGAUGGUGCCUCAUCUGACAGCUGCCUCAAGUCCUCAUCCAGUCCUGCCCCCUCUCUGCAAGCUGCCAUGGGUGACAUGUCAGCACUUCUGGCCUCGGGGGCAGAAGGUGGAGCUCUGCAGCCUACCGGAGCUCCGCUGGCUCUCUCCUCCCACCUCCUGCCCCAGGCCCAGGGUAGCCUGCCCGCUGCCAGCUUCCAGGAGGGUCGAAGAGCAUCUGACACCUCCCUCACCCAAGGCCUCAAAGCUUUCCGCCAGCAGCUGCGGAAAAACACACGCACUAAAGGGCUUCUGGGAUUAAAUAAGAUCAAGGGUCUGACGAGGCAGGUCGUUCCUCCGCCCUCCUGCAACCGAGGCAGCCGAGGGUCACUGGGUCCUGCCCUGUCUGAGCACCGCAGCAUGCUGGAGGAGGUGCUGCACCAGCAGAGGAUGCUUCAGAUUCAGCACCAGCAGCAGCCUCAGGUCCAGCCCGCUCCGACCGGACCUACCCAGAAUCCUCUGCUCUACCUGACGCAGCAGCAGUCGCCUUCUCCCCCGCCUUCAUCCGUGUUUGCUUCCUCCCCCUUGUUCGACGCCCCCGCCCAGCAGGCGUCGGGCCCCUGGCAACAAACUCUCGACUCCACCUCUGUCCCCUCUUCCUCCUCCUCCUCCUCCUCCUCCUCCUCCUCCUCCCCCGCCUCCGGCUGCUCCUCAUCCUCCUCGUCCUGCUACUCGUCCUCCAUGUCCCCCGUGGCCUCCGCUGCCUACCUCCUGGAGGCUCGCCUGCACAUCAGCCAGCAGCCACACCCGCACACCUAUGGCGGCCUCCAGCAGCAGCCGCAGGCCGCCACGCCGCACCCCUUCCCCGUCCUCUCCAAGCCGGCCGUGUGGAGCCUGGGCUCGGCCUCCGGCGCCGACCCCGACAUGCAGGGUCUGGCUGGACAGCAGCAGCUCAGCAGCUGCGUCAUGGUGAAGUAGAACACAGAGGCUGCUGACAGCAAAAAAAAAAAAGACUUAAAUGUUGAGCCCUGAAGAAAAAAAGAGGUCAGAGAUGAGGGGGAACAAUUUUAAAAAGAAGAAGAUGCAAACGGCAAAUUUACAGCAGGUACACAUGUGAGAAUGUGUCCAGACACGUGUGUAUUAUGUGUGCGUUUGAUAUCGUAUAAGCUAAAGACUAAGCAAUAACCAAACUCUGGAUGAGGCGUUGAUCGGUAUCAAACAGCCAGAGAAGCAAUAAUAGACUGAAGAAUUCCCCUCGGGCUCUCUGACGGACUCACCAGAACAAAAAAUGAGAGUUCACAUCAACCUACUCGUCUCUCACGUCUGAUGCUGUUUAAGUUUGGAUUUUCUGACAGAAAGACUCUGUUAUUUUACUUCCUUUUUACAGUCACUUAUUGCUCUUUGUGUUUUUCACUUGCCUGGACAGAAGACCAAAACUCUAUUCCCUUAUUUUAAUUUUUUUUCACCCCACUUUGUUCGCCUUUCUGAAGAGACUUCUCUCUGUAGCAGUGCAAUGACCGUGCAGUAUAGUGCCCUAAGCUCACCUACAUUCACGGAAGGAGUUGAUUUGUUAUCGAAACUGUGAUUUAUUUUUAUCCUUUCUCUCGGUAGAAGAACAUUUUAGCUACGCAAAAAGCUGCUUUUACCUCAAGCUGCAACGAGACGCUGCGUCCUCAUCAGCGGUGGUGAAGAUGAGCGUCCCUCGCUGAUUGUGUGAAGCACAACAGGUUCAUCAGUCGGCUCGGUUAGCACCUUACUCGCGCGGAUACCUGGAUCCAGAAUAAUUUCACCUGAUUUGCAUCUUCAUUGUAAAUGCUUUUUACUACCUCCUCAGGCAACGAUUCAAAGACGUCAUCAGAACUCAUCAAAAAAAUCCACAGAAUAUAUCGGAGGCGAAACGCUUUCUCAUGCAGGACAAAGAUUGUGGGAACAGUGCAAUAUUUCAAACACAGUGGACGUGAGGUCUAAAUCACACAUCCAUUUGCCUGAGGUUUUUCCUUUUAGUUGGCUUGUUUUUACUUUUUUUUUUUUUUUCUUUUUUAACUCUGACCUUGCUGUGCUAGCUAGCUGACUAGAAACGGUACUUGUUAUGUAACACAAUGACAUGAAACUGUAGUGAUUUUUUUUUUUUUUCUUUAGAGGAACGACUCAAGGCAUUUGGUAAUGCUGUGUCUUCCCGCAGCAUGCUUGUAGUUACUGAAAGUAAACAUUUGGGUUUUACCAAAGAGUGAACAGCACAAGAGACAGGCGAUCUAUCAAAGACACACUACUGACUUCUCACUCUGAAUGCUGUCUCAAGAUGUAGCAUGGUGGCUAGCUGCCAUUUUCACACAAUCUCCUUAGCUUUCGCUGCGAGAUGAGAAAAAAACUCCCGCUGCCACCAAACCCUAAUGCUACACGUAUUGUUGAUAUCUGUAGGUGUUACUAUCAGGACCAUGGUAGUAUUCAUUUUUGUACUUUUCUAGAAAAUAAGAACGAGAAAAAAAAAAAAACAAGACAAAAAAACAAAAUCUGAACUUAGCAAUACUAUAUUGUGCAGGAAGUGGAACUUUGUUUUUUGUUUGGCUAGAAUGCGUGACUGACCUGCAGUGAGCAGGCGAAUAAGAUGAAGCGCUAGAAAGCGGCAAGAGGUGUGUGCUGUUGUCAGUUUGUUAGUCGUCUCAUAUCUGUGAAACGUCUUGCAGGGGAGCAGUGGUUUUCCAAACCCUGCUUCGGAAACACGCAGUGUUGAUAUUUCUGCCCGGUGAGGAUUUUUUCUUUUUUUUGUUUUUCUUUUUUGGGUUGAUUGCACUCAUUACCAACACUUGUGCCUUGAGCUGAACAAACAGGCAAUCAGAGAGGUCUCCUUCGUCUGAUUGCCGCUUCGAAGAAACGUGGAUGGACGGCUCCCUUACCGGCCGUUCACUCAGACGCCCCUUUGAUAUUUUAUUUCAACCUUUGAGACUUGCUGUUAGAACAGAGGCAAGAUUUGCACUUUACUUCCGUUUGUGUUGCUGACUGGUUUUGUUCGUUUGUUUCUCAUGAUAAAAAAAAAAAAAGUCACAAAACUAUUGAAACACUAAAACUCUUGAUGCAAACCUGUCAGUUGACCCUUUUGAUAAA